AAGUAACAACUGACGCACGGAUAUCAAUCAUUACAAAUAAGAUUCAAAAUGCAACUCAGACCAAGAGUAAAAGAUCAGAACAUCACUUCAGUCCUCAAGGCGACGAAGGCGACACGAAUUACCAAGAAGGCAACGACAACUGCAAUUAAGAAAGAGUAUUCAGAGUCUGCGGUUGUCAAGUCUGAGCCGAUACCUACACCCGUCAUAGCUGUGAUCAAGGCCGAGCCAUCGCGACCAGGAUCAUCUUCGUUUGCCAAAGAAGAACCGAAUGAACACCCGCUGUUCGCUGCUUCACCCCUCCCUCGCCAUGGACCAACCUAUCUACCACCAUUAACUCACGCAUCAUGCCUUCCACAAGCAUAUGCUCACCUAACAAAGAUUGAUCCACGGUUCGCGCAAUUAAUUGAGGCACAUCCAUGUCGUCCGUUCACGGACGAAGCACUACGAGAGCAAAUCGAUCCGUUCCGCACAUUGGUUACGGGUGUUUUGUCACAGCAGGUGUCCGGAGCAGCAGCAAAAUCGAUCGGGAGGAAGUUCGUUGCGCUGUUCCUGGGUCACGAACAGGAAGCUGAGGAGGGAUUCUUCCCCACGCCGGCGCAGGUGCUCGAGAAGGAUAUCCCGACAUUGCGAACAGCUGGUCUCUCUCAACGAAAAGCAGAAUACGUCCUCGAUAUCGCUGCCCGCUUCGCCGACGGCCGCCUCUCCACCUCCAUUCUCGCCGAUGGCACCGACGAAGAAGUCAUCAAAACCCUCACCGCAGUCCGCGGCCUCGGCGUCUGGUCAGCCGAGAUGUUCCUCAUGUUCGCUCUCAAACGCACCGAUGUCCUCUCAACCGGUGACCUCGGUAUCCAACGCGGUAUGGCGGCGUGGACGGGGAGAAAUGUGAAGGGUGUGAAGAACACGGGGAAGUGGAAGUAUAUGGCGGAGAAGGACAUGGUUGCGUAUGCGGAGCAGUUUAGGCCGUAUAGGAGUAUUGUGUGUUGGUAUAUGUGGAGGGCAGAUGGGACUGUAUUGGCGCUUGGGGAGGAGGUGAAGAAGGAGGAAGAGGUUAAGCAAGAGGAGGAGGCACAGCCAAAUGAGGAGAAGGUGGAGGCUGUCGAGGAGGGUGUGAAAGUUGCAGCUUAAUUGCUACGAGACUCGUGUGGAGUGGUAUACAUCCCCUCGACGCUGACAAUAGUACA